UUUUACGUGUUUAAUAAUUAAAAUAGAUUUAAUAAUAAUUAAUUUAGUAAGUGUCUGAAGCUGGUAAAGAAAUAAAGUGUAGAUAAACAGCCAUGAGGGAAAUCGUGCAUCUGCAGGCUGGGCAAUGCGGCAACCAAAUAGGAUCUAAGUUCUGGGAAGUGACGAGUGAUGAACACGGCAUCACACCCACCGGGGACUAUGAAGGCGUUCACGACAUUCAGCUCGAGAGGAUCAACGUUUACUACAAUGAGAUCGCAUACGGAAAAUAUGUUCCCCGCGCGAUCCUGAUCGACCUGGAGCCCGGGACGAUGGACGCGGUACGCACGGGCCCGUUUGGCCAGCUCUUCAAACCUGACAACUUCAUAUUCGGUCAGAGUGGCGCGGGCAACAACUGGGCCAAAGGGCACUACACGGAGGGCGCCGAGCUGGUGGAUAACGUCGUGGACGUGACCCGCAAGGAGGUCGAGGGCUGCGACUGCCUUCAGGGCUUCCAGCUCACGCACUCCCUGGGGGGCGGCACGGGCUCCGGCAUGGGUACUCUGCUCAUCUCGAAGAUCAGGGAGGAAUAUCCCGACCGAAUCAUGAGUACUUUCUCCGUAGUACCAAGCCCAAAGGUAUCGGACACAGUCGUAGAACCCUACAACGCAACGCUGUCCAUCCACCAGCUGGUCGAGAACACCGACGCCACAUAUUUCAUCGACAACGAAGCCCUCUACGACAUCUGCACCAACACCCUGCAGCUGCACACACCAACUUACGGCGACCUCAACCAUCUUGUGUCCCUUGCCAUGUCCGGCAUCACGACAUGUUUGCGGUUCCCGGGACAACUGAACGCCGACCUGCGCAAGCUGGCCGUCAACAUGGUGCCCUUCCCCAGGCUUCAUUUCUUCAUGCCGGGCUUUGCGCCGCUCACCGCCAGAGGGUCGCAGAAGUACAGCACGCAUACGGUCCAGGAGCUCACAGAGCAGAUCUUCCAGCCCAAGAACAUGAUGGCUGCGUGUAACCCCCACAAGGGCCGCUACCUUACCGUGGCUGUCGUGUUCAGAGGCAGGAUGUCCAUGAAGGACGUUGAUGAACAGCUCUUCAAAGUCCAAAACAAGAACUCGUCCUACUUCGUCGAGUGGAUCCCGAACAAUGUGAAGACUGCGGUGUGUGACAUCUCUCCUCGCGGCAUGAAGAUGGCGGCCACUUUCAUUGGAAACUCUACAGCCAUUCAGGAACUUUUCAACCGGAUUUCGGAGCAGUUCACAGCGAUGUUUAAAAGGAAGGCUUUCCUGCAUUGGUACACGGGCGAAGGGAUGGACGAAAUGGAGUUCACGGAGGCGGAGUCCAACAUGAACGACCUCGUGUCUGAGUACCAGCAAUACCAGGAGGCUAAAGCAGAUGAAGGACUUGAAUACGAUAACGAUAACGAAGAGGAAGAUAAUGAGUACGAACGCAAUGAUGAUUACGAAGACGAAGAAGAAGCCUAGGAUCAGUAAUCAUUUGCAUGUGCUGCGUAAAUUAAAACAAUUUUUCUGGAAUUUGAUGCAUCUAAAUAAAAGGCUGCAGCGAGUGUGUAGUGAAAUAAUGCAUUGUUAAAAUUGUUUGUUAACCUCAAAAUGAAAAUUGUUUGUUAACCUCAACAUUCUGUAAGCUUCUCUCAUGAUUUUGCCGACCUAUGCUUACACCAAUUGAAAUGUCUUGUAGAUAAUCCAUGUAAACGGUGUCCAUCUGCACUUUGUUGUGUUUCUAUCAUCUGUAUGAAAAAAUUUUUGACUACUUUAAAAUUGCGCCCUUAGCUGCAGUCCUUGAUCUAAAAGUAAUUUCGGAUAUUAUAUAAGGGUAUCAUGGAUUUAAGCUACACGUAAAUUAUUAUGUAUGAAACUUAGAGUGGCCUAGCGGUUAAGGUCGCCAAGAAUGGAACAGCGAUUUCGGAGGUUCGAAACAAGCAACUUGCUGUCAAAAUUCUGGUCGAAAUCGGCAGGGUAUCCGGGUGGUUAAGAAUCCCUGACGGCAUCAUAUAUCAUAUAUAAGAAUAUGCAAGUGAUAUGAUUUAAGAUUAUGCAAGUGAUAUGCUUUAAAAUUGAUUGGAUUUAUUAUAAGUUCCACACCAUAUGACCGCUCAAUUUACAAGCACUAGUAGUAUAUGAAAACAUAUUUUCUUCAAAUGAAUUGUUUUCAAAGUGUCAGCAAAUUAGUAUUUAAAAAAUUGUUUCUAGGCUCUAAUUUGUUUCACGGCCAUGAUGAAAAUUUCGAGUUUUGAACAUUAAAAAAAAACUAUACACAUGAGAGCGACAAUCAAUGCCUGUGAUGAUGAAUUUUGAUUUAGAGAUUUACAGUAGAUCAAAAUGUUAUCAUCAAAAAAUAAUUUAUAUUGGAAAUUUUGAACCGAAUUUUUUAGAGUGAAGUAUGCACAAACUUACCAGUUUUUAUUGUAAUCAUUCCAAUAGUCCAAGUGAAUACUAAACAUGACCACAUCUGUAUAAACAUGACCACUGUGUUAACAUAUAACAAUAUUAAUUGUUUAUUAGUACUCAUCCCAUUUUCCAUCAAGUAGAUUUUUCAUUUCUGCAACAGCGUUAGAGAACAUAAAUAUUUAUUUGUAUCAGAUUUUUUAGAAACUAUACAUGUGGGAUGUUCAGUGAUACAAUUAAAGUAAAGCGAAAUUGCAACAAAUCUAUAUAGUUAAUAUGUAUACAUGAAUAACGGAACAUCGCUCGAAUUAUUGCAAACCAAAUUGCUUUAAAUAACUUUCUAAACGAGAACAUGUAUCUUGAGUUGUAUAUGUUUUUUCGGAAAUUAUCUCGGUUUGAUCCUUAGUAUAAAAAGUCAUAAUAUAAUAGUUUUUAGCCAGGUAUGUGUUAUAAUAUGACUUAAAAGUCAUAUUAUAACACUUUUGCCACGUAUCACGCUCAUUAUUAUAAGAGGAUAGAUAAAGAUUACAUUUGUGUCAUAAUCUUUUAACGUUGCAUGGAGAAUUUAAUUUCUACUUUCGUUCUUGUGAAAUUAUGAACUUAAAAAUAAAAUUCACAAAUAUU